AAAGACACAAUUACGUGCUGAUCUUAUCACAUUUUCUUCGUACCAGUAGGCCUAUUAUUGAUAUUAAAAUUAAUCAGUUCUGGAAUUGGGAGUGAUAACAGGUGACUACUUGCAGCUCUUCACAUACUCCAACAUGCCGCGUAGAACUAAACGUAAAGCUGCGACAGCUGCUGAUACAGAUGAUGGCGAUGGAUCGACAUCUUCAACAUCUUCAGUCACAAGGCCCCAAGAGCGUACAGCAGCACCUCAAACCGAAGACUCCCCUGCCAAACACACCCGAAGACAAGAGCACAUGAAAAGAAGUGUCAGUGCUACUGCUGCGUCAUCUGAUGUGACUGAAAGUGAUAAUGUAGCUACAACCUCGGCCAUCUCACCUCCUGUAGAAAUCCCUCGGUUGACCAAGAAAAAAACGAACGUGCAGCAAUCGGCAGCUCCUCCACCUCGGAACCAAUCCCCAAGCAAUAGCACAGAAAGUCAAGAGCAGGAACAGCCUCGCUUCCCGCAGAAAGAGACUGAAUUCAAAACCCGGAAGUCCAUGCGUCGAAUGCUCACUCAGGAUGAAGAGGACGAUCUCGUGACGUGUCUGAGGGAGCACACCUUUCUGUACGAUAAGUCAUCUGCCCAGUUCAAAAUGAGAGAAAAAAAGAGCAGGACAUGGCGGGAAAAGAAGGACGAAUUGGACUUGAAUCCCGGAGAUCUGUCAUCGAUUUGGUAUCUCAACAUCAAGACAUCUCGCAAGUCAGGAUCUGGUACUGCAGAGCGAACAGCAAGACAGGAAUGGAUUCUGAACAAAUUUGAAUUCAUCCGGCCAUACCUGGUUCAGUUGCGUCAUCAGAGAGGAUCCAAUUUUGCUGGAAAGAGGAAGGAGCUUGCCCCAGAGGAAACAGAUGAUGAUGGUGAUGCCGCUUCUGAUUUGUCAGCACCAUCAACUUCAUCUGGAGGCGGUCAAAAAGCAGCUAGUGCAAUCUCCUCGCUGACAUCUGAGUUGGAGUCCGUGCGUGGUGCCAUUACAGGUGCACGGGAUGCAGCUUCUCAGGGUGGCCAGUUUUUGGUGUACUUGAUGCGCCAAAUGGAUCAGCAAAGGAUGAAUUCGUUCAUCACCCGAGUCACUAGGCAGGCUCUCGACCUUGUGGAUGAGAGCCGAGGGGAGAAAUUGCUGCCUACGCGUCCUCCUGCAUCUACGUUCAUCAACUUCUUCUUUUUCGAGGUGAACCACAGCCAUUACCCUCUUUCUCUGGAGCUCUAA